AUGGAGCAAGUUCGGAAAAGACAUUCGGAAGCAAAUGGCGCCGUGGAAUUGAGCAGUGUCCAGAAAAAGGAGCCAACUCAUAAUGGAACUGUACAUGAGCAACUAGACUACGUGCCCAGUGGUUGGUUGGAGGUCACACUGAGCAAGGUCGGGAGUUCGACAGACAUUUUUCUCCAGAAAAACCGAUCUGCAAUGAGAACAAUAAUAAUUUUCAUCCUUAAUGGGGCAGUUAUAGGAUAUUUUUUAGCUUGCCUUUACUAUUGGAUGACUUAUAGUAAGGAACCAUUGGAACUGUGCCAUGGUUUUGGCAGUUUAAUAGCAUUUUUAGGCAUCAUAUAUUUCUUUGUAUUUUACUUCCUUGUGGUGAAGAGGUCGAUCGGCAAAUGGUUUGACAAAGCUGUUUGGACGAAAGUCAAGAGUGUGAGUUCUGGUUUUUGGAAGAUUAUAGUAUUUCGAUGGUGUCUUUGCAUCGCAGUCAUAGGCGCGAUAGCCUUUUUCCUCUACUGGGACACGCGAGAUUCUCCUGGAAGACUUAUUUCUCUCAUUGGUCUCUUCUUAAUAUUAACACUUGGAUUCGUCUUCUCCCUACACCCUGGUCGUAUAAACUGGCGCACUGUAUCCAUGGGGUUACUCAUUCAAUUCCUGUUUGGUCUCGUUUUGAUCAGAUGGGAGCCUGGCAGGACGGCACUACGAUGUUUCUCUGAAAAGAUGCCUCCUGGGAGAAAUAAACUUAAACAUACUAUUAAAAAUAAGAGGACUUAUUUCCAAUAUACUGAAGAAGCAUUGGCACAAGCUGUCCAGGCCAUAAGAACAGAAAAUAAAAGCAUCAGAGAGGCCUGCCAUCACUAUGGUGUCCCUCGCUCAACAGUUCAAGAUCGAAUUUCCGGCAGAUAUAAAGAACAACCUCGAAAAGUAGGUCCAGAGCCUAUACUAGGCAUUGAUGGUGAGCAAAAAAUUGUAGACUGGAUUACAGAAUUAGCCAAAUGUGGGAUUCCUGUGAGCAAAGAGGUAUUGCUGGAAAAUGUUGCAAAAAUAAUUAAAAAUAUUUUAAGAGAAAAUAAGUUUCCAGAAGGGCGACCGGGACAGACAUGGUACCAAAAUGUUCUUAGAAGGCAUCCGAAGAUUAGGGUACGUGAACCUGAAAGUAUUAAUAAAGCCAGAGAGGCGGUCAGAGAGAGCUUAAUCAAAAAAUGGUUUACAGAUCUUGAAUGUUUUUUGAUUGAAAGAGGAGUUAUAGAUAUCAUGAACGAUCCUGACAGAAUAUUAAACGCUGAUGAGACUGGAGUUUCACUCUGUCCAAAAUCUGGUAAGGUCUUGGCUCCGAAAGGCUACAAAAAUGUUUAUAUUGUUAAAAGAGGUAACGAAAACGAAACAAUUACUGUUUUAAUAAUGAUAACUGCAUCGGGUAAAGUAUGCCCUCCGCUCGUGGUGUUUCCGUACAUUAAACCUUCAAAAGCAGUUGUAGAUAGUAUGCCAGAAGGUUGGAUAAUCGGCAAAACUGAAUUAGGUUGGAUGCGCUCAAAUGUUUUUUACGAAUACAUAGCUAACGACUUUAAUAACUGGUUAGUAGAGAACAAUAUUAAAAAACCAGUAAUCCUUUUCGUAGAUGGACAUAAAUCACAUAUGUCAAUGCCCUUAAGUCAAUUUUGUGCAGAAAAUGACAUCGCUUUGCCUCCAAAUACUACUCAUAUCAUGCAACUAGCCGAUGAAACUUUGGAUACAGAUAUGACACAAGAUAUUAAAAAUGGAUUCAGAAAGUGUGGGCUAUUCCCCUUUAAUCCGAAUAAACUUAAAAUCAUUAAUAGAAACAAUAUAAAACCUAAUAUCCCAAAAAGAAAACAAACAAAAGCCAAAGAAAGUGAUAGUGAUAUUAUAAAUACCGAUAAAGAUAUAGAAAUCAAUAUUAAGAAGACUAAAGUAAUAGAAACUGAUAAAUUUAAUAUUAUAAAGAAAGUUGAUAUAAAAGAAAUAAAUAAAAUAAGUGAAGAUAAGAUUGAUAAGGAAAUGUCUCAUAAAAGUGAAACAGCUAUAGAUGUGGCCACAUUCCUCUCAUACGGUAUUGACGGGGCCGCAUUUGUGUUUGGAGAACUUCUUGUGAGGGAAGAAAAAGUGUUUGCUUUUAGUACUCUACCAGUUAUAUUCUUCUUCAGUAUGCUGGUAGAAGUAUUAUUCUUCUGGGGAGCUCUACAAUGGUUCUGCCUGAAACUAGGUCGACUUCUUCAAAAUGCCGCAGGAACUACUGUGUGCGAGAGUGUGAUCGCUGUAGGAAAUGUUUUCUUAGGCAUGACAGAAUCAAUACUACUGAUAAAACCCUACGUAUCGAUCCUAACCCCCUCUGAACUCCAUCUUAUCAUGGCUUCAGGCUUCGCUACCGUUUCUGGUACAAUACUAUCUGCAUACAUCGGUUUUGGAGCUGAGCCCAUACAUCUCGUAACAGCGAGCAUGAUGUCGGCUCCAGCGGCCGUGUGCUAUGCGAAGUUAAUGUUACCAGAGACUAAGAGAUCACUCACAACUGUCGAUAAUAUUCAGGCUGUUGAAAAGCAAGAUCAGUCAGCACUAUCAGCAGCCACUCGAGGAGCAACUAACGGGAUUUCCCUGAUCCUCAACAUAAUAGCUAAUCUCGUUGCUUUCGUCUCUUUCAUCACCUUUGUGAAUGGUGUCCUAAGUUACUGCGGCGGGAUGCUAGGCAACGAGAAUAUAAACCUCGAGUGGAUCUUUGGGAAGAUAUUCAUUCCUCUCUGUUGGUGUAUGGGAGUACCGUGGGAAGAGUGCGAGCUGGUUGGAUCUUUGAUCGGUCUCAAAACCGUGGUCAACGAGUUCGUAGCGUACCAACGUAUGGGGGAGAUGAAAAGAGAGGGUCUACUAUCUCCAAGAGCAGAGCUAAUAGCAACAUACUCACUGUGCGGCUUCACAAACCCGUCGUCUGCCGGCAUCAUGAUAGGAGCUAUCGCGGCGAUGGCACCUAAUCAAAGGGAAACCUUGUCUAGUAUGGCUGUGAGAGCGUUCUUCGCUGGGUGCGGGAUAUGCUUCAUGAACGCGUGUGUGGCAGGUGUACUAAUGCCCGAAGGGUCUUUUGGA